UGAGGUAGCAGCCGGUCGAGGGUCGAACGGGCGCGGACAGUCGCUUUGCCAUGGGUUGGUAAAGCCGUCCGGUCCGGACCGCGCCGUGGGUGCCGAGCGCACUUUUGGCACCACUGGCCGAGAGGAGCGCGCAUCACCGUCGGAGACGGCGGCUAGAGAGGACCGACGAAUCGACCGGGCGGAUGUUUUUAACGCGGGCAUCCGCCGUAGCGACCCGGUCAAACCGGCCGCCUCGUGCGUUUUCCACGACUGUCCCCGCCACCGCGCACAACCGGCCGGAACCGUCCGCCACCGCGUCAGCACGUCAUUUCCUCUUCCUCUCCCGCCGUCACACCCUCCCGUGCAUUGCACGCGUAUUCGGUAUUAUUAUUACUAUUAUUAUUGUUGUUGUUGUUUUAAUAUUUUAUCGAACGACGGGCGCCCGUCCGGCGGAUACCGGCGGCCCGCACGUCACCGUUUUCGCUCCGUUCGUACCGCGCGGCGACGGCAGACCGCCAUUUAUACGUUAUACCGCAGUCAACGGUCGUACACGAGCUCGGGCGCACACAUGUUAACUGCCAUCGGCUUUGCUCGUCAUUUUUGUCAUUAUCAUCGUCGUCGUCGUCAUCAUUAACUUUUUACUUCUCUAAUAAGGUACACACAAACGUCACCGUGUUUAAGUACACCAUAAUACCACGAUAUACGACAGCCGGUGCAUAGGGUAUUAUUGGCGGUUAGGAACCUCUGCCUAUCGGCCGAACGACUUCAAUAUGGUCUAUUUCACGGAAAAACUCAUAAACGAGAUACGCAAGCGGUCGUGCAUAUGGGACACGGCUGACGUGAACCAUCUCAACAAGGAAGUGCUGGCCAACAUGUGGACGGAGAUCGCUGAAAAUCUUUACUCCGAUUGGCACUCAAUCAGCAAUUUCGAUAAACGCGACAGAGUUUCCGAUGUCAAGAAAAAGUGGACAAACAUCAAAGACUCGUUCGUCAAGGAAGUCAAGGGCAAUAAACCAAGAAAGUCCUUACGCCAGCCCGAGGAGCACCGGAAAAAGUACUACCUGUUCGAUCACCUACAGUUUCUGAUACCGUUCAUCCAAGACACGAAAUCCGGUGGCGGUAGUCGAUUGGCCGAAGACCGCAGUGCCGGCAAACCUGCGAGCAAGAAAAUGCGUAAAAACACGCUUCACGGCGAAGGUUCGUCGCGGAACGCACUAUCAAUAACGGCAGCGGCCUCGGAAACCCCAGCCAAAAGACCGGAAAUGCUGCAACCGGAUGUGCAGCAGCACGCUGACUUGCUCAACAACUUCGCUGGCAAGACGGCCGCUGCCGCGCUGUGUCAGCUGGACGGCGACUUGUCGUUUAUGGUGUCGCUGUUGCCCACCAUCAAGUCGAUGAACGAAAAGCAAAAGAUCAACUUCAAGAUCGGAGUCCUGCAGCUCAUAUCCCGGAUCAAGUUCGACGAAGUGCAAAAUAAUGCACCGGGUGUGGCCACGUACGAGCAGUUGACCGCGGCGACCGCCAAUCGCCUUAGCUUUCCCGCGCCCCGUCCAGUGCGUCAGGUGGCCGGCGUCAAACACCCCCUCGUCAACGCUGCCGUGUCGUCUACUCAGCAGCAGCACCACCGCAACCACCAACUCCGCAACUUACAGCCGGCCGUCGAGCACGAGACGCCGCGGGUUAAACAUCCGGACUCGAGUCCGGAGUCAACGUCGUGGUGUUGCGACGACACCAGCACCGAAGAAGAUGUGGAAUGUACCCCUGAUUAUACACCAUCCUAAUUGUACAUACACGUACGUCAACUCAACGAUUAAUUAUAUUUUAUUUGAAAUCUAUAAAAAAUAAUGAUUUUUCUUGAGUAAGCAUUAUUUUUUUUUAAAUGUUUCCUCUUGUUUUUAGUAUAAUAUUGAAUGCUAUAUUAAAAUAUGUGGAUGUCAUAUGUCUAUAAGUACUGUGAAUAAAAAUGUACUUUUGUUUCUA